AACGUACAAAAAUUAAAUGAUUAUUAUUCGUAUAGCCGUAAACAUGAAGUUCUUAUUUGGAAUCGUUAUUUUGGUCCUAGCCAUUGUAGCCUCAUAUGCAGAGAUACACUCCAGUGAGGAUCUCACUGCGUUUAAUUACCAUACGAGGAUUGGUAUACCAGAAGCCACUAGAAGAAGGAAGCUCGAAGAGGAAGCAGCCAAAGCUGGUCAGGAUGUCCAAAGAAUCGUUGGCGGAACAGUUACUGAUAUUUCUGCAGUGCCAUAUCAGGUAAUCAUUAUUAUGCAAUAAAUUAUAUGAAAAAAAUGGAUAAUACUAGUCGCACUUGACCGGUUUAUUGUUAUUUUCUAAUAAUUUACAUAUAUAUAUAAGAUAGUUUACGUAUUAUUAUUGCCAUUUUUUUACUUUUAGGCUGGCAUCAUCAUCCACAUCAUAGACAGGACCUCAAUGUGUGGCGGCUCCCUGAUAUCUCCUACUCGUAUCGUUACUGCUGCUCACUGCAAUUCCGAUUCCAGUUUCACAGCCUUGUACUUUACUAUAGUCCUUGGUUCCAGUAACUUGUUCUCAGGCGGUGUCCGCAUCCCUACCAAUGACAUAGUCGAACAUCCACAGUGGAACCCAAUUUCUAUCGAAAACGAUAUUUGCAUGGUUCGCAUACCCCCUGUUACAUAUACAAAUGUUAUCCAACCUAUUGCUUUACCGAGUGGUGCUGACUUAAAUAACAAUUUCGUCGGUCAAAUCGGUAUUGCGUCUGGUUUUGGUCGCAUCAGUGAUGGACCGAACAUUUCGACCAAUGAAAUCCUUCACUCUGUGAAUGUUCCCGUUAUUACAAAUCUUCAAUGUUUUUCCACCUUCGGACCUUUCGUAAGAGACACUAACAUCUGCACGAGUGGUGCUGGAGGUAUGAACAUAUGCACUGGUGAUUCUGGAGGACCUCUCUAUAAUAAUAUGGCGAUAUUUUCACAGAUUGGCGUCACGUCAUUUGGUGCAGGUGUCGCUUGUGGCGCUGGUUUUCCGUCUGCCUAUGCGAGGGUUACGUCAUAUAUGUCAUGGAUACUUUCCAUCUAAGCAUGAUCUCAUUUUUAUCAAAUAAAUAUUUCUU